AUGGCUAAUAUUCCUUGCACCAUAGUUAACACUUGUUUCUUCCCAAGAAAAAGUGUUGUUACUAGCCUUAAAGCCAUACCAAAUGUUGGUGAAGCUCUCUUUGGUCUUAAAAGUGGUACAAGUGGAAGGAUUACUUGCAAGGCUACUACAUACAAAGUGAAGCUUAUUACACCAAAAGGACGUUUUGAAUUUAAUUGUCCUCAUAAUGUUAACAUUCUUGACCGAGCCCUAGAAACCGGGCUUGAUCUUCCUUUCACAUGUAAGGCUGGUUCUUGCUCAUCUUGUGUUGGAAAGAUUAUUGCUGGAACUGUUGAUCAGUCUGAGAACAGUUAUCUUGAUGAUGAAGAAAUAAAAAAAGGAUAUGUGCUCACUUGUGUUGCUUACCCAAAGUCUAAUGUUACCAUUCAUACUAACAAGGAGAAGGAGCUUGGCUAA